AUGGAUAAGGAAAAUGAGUUGGGUGUUUCUCUGAAGAAGAACCUUGAAAAAUGUAGAGGGAUACUAUCAGAGCCAGGGUUUGUGAGCGAUUAUAUUGAUAGGUUUAUCCAGAAUCUAAAAGAGCUUUGUAAGCUACAACAUCUCAAUCUCCACCCAUACCUAAUCACGUUUUGUCCCAUCACUGUCCCUCACGUUGAAGGCCUUCAUGAGGGCAUUGAGUUUGCCUCUAAGGUCCCGACAGCUUUGAUCCAUUUGUUCUGUGUUGCUUUGGAUCAAAACCGUAAGAAAAUCCAAGCUAUCCUAAAAGCCAGCUUCCACGACCAUAAGAUCAACAUGAUUUUCUACUACUUUGUUCAUUGGGUACCAGAAUUCACAAGGAAACUUAGGGUUGGGAUCAAAUCUAUUUACUACAUCACUACAACUGCAGCUGUGCAUGCGUUCUCUAUUGUGCCGACGAUAAAUUACAACCCUAGCCUUACUGUUUUAUGGAAGCCGUUUGGAUUAGGUGGGCUCAUACUUUACCAAAGGUUCACAAAUGCCAUCACUGAAAGUGACGCAUUUUGCAUCAGAACAUGUAGAGAAAUCGAAGGUCAUUUCUACGAUUAUCUGAGCGCACAACACAAAAAGCCUAUGAUUUUAAUUGGCCUAGUUUAUGGGUUGGAAGAUUCGAACAAGAAUAGCCCACCUUUAGAAGACAUGUGGGCUAACUGGCUUGGUGGGUUUGAGGAAGCAGGGUCGGUGAUGUUUUGUGCAUUUGAGAGUCAGUUGAUCUUUGAGAAGGACCAAUUCCAAGAGCUUGUGUUGGGGUUUGAGCUAACUGGAUUGCCCUUUUUUGUGGUUCUCGAACCACUUGCGGCCUAUGCAACAAUUGAAGAGGCAGUGCCAGAUGGGUUUGAAGAGAGGGUGAAAGGGAGAGGGGUGGUUUUUAGGGGUUGGGUGCAGCAGACAACCAUUUUGAGCUACCCAUUAGUUGGGUGCCUUAUCAUGAACACCAUGAUACUGGUGAAAGAGCUCAAAGUUGCUAUGGAGGUAGAGAGAGAAGAAAAUGGAUGGUUUUCAAAGGAUAGCUUGAGCAAAACCAUUACAACUAUGAUGGAUAAGGAAAAUGAGUUGGGUUUUUCUCUGAAGAAGAACCUUGUGAAAUGGAGAGGGAUACUAUCAAAGCCAGGGUUUAUGAGCGAUUAUAUUGAUAGGUUUAUCCAAAAUCUAAAAGAGCUUUAUAAGCUACAACAUUUCAAUCUCCACCCAGACCUAAUGACAUUUUGUCCCAUCACUGUCCCUCAUGUUGAAGGCCUCCAUGAGGGCAUUGAGUUUGACUCUGAGGUCCCAACAACUUUGAUCCAUUUGUUCUGUGUUGAUGUGGAUCAAAACCGUAAGCAAAUCCAAGCAAUCCUAAGAGCCAGCUUCCAUGACCAAAAGAUAGACAUGAUUUUCUACUACUUUGUUCAUUGGGUACCAGAAUUCACAAGGAAACUUAGGGUUGGAAUCAAAUCUAUUUGCUACAUCACUACAGCUGCUGCUGUGCAUGCGUUCUCUGUGAUGGAUAAGGAAAAUGAGUUGGGUGUUUCUCUAAAGAAGAACCUUGUGAAAUGGAGAGGGAUACUAUCAGAGCCAAGGUUUAUGAGCGAUUAUAUUGAUAGGUUUAUCCAGAGUCUAAAAGAGCUUUGUAAGGCUGUAAAUUAG